CAAGAGCGUCCCACAAGACCACGCCACGAAGGAGUCCCACCACAGGAGUGGCCCACAAGGGUGCCCCACAGGAGUGGCCCACAAGAGGCUUCCACAAGAGCAUCCCACCAGAGCGUCCAUGACAAGAGUGUCGCACGAGAGUGCCCAGGACAGUUUCCCACAUGUGUUUUACAAGAGUGCCCCAAAAGAGUGUCAAACAAUGCUUGGCCAUUUGUUUUCGAGUGCAUGUUUGCCUUGGGGCUCGUGGGUUCCAUCUUGUUGUUUUCUCAUGUGGCGGCUGUCACGGUUGUGUUCUUCAGUUUUUCAAUUUGGCAACGUAGUAUUAGCUCGGGCAUGCCUGAUGAAGGUGUCAUACAAGAAGGUUCUCCACGAUGGGUUCGCAAAAGAUUUGCUGAUGCUAAUGAGAAAGAUUCAUCAAGUUUUCACGCGUACUUGUAGUGGUCAUUGUUGGCGGACAGGAGUUUUGAUCAUCAAUCGCUUAUUGAUUUGUUCAUGUAUUUCGUGAUGAGUUGAUGGGCGGAAUUGGAUGCUUUCAAAACAAAGUAAUGGUAACAAAAAAGAAUACCGCACCACACCAGAAAGGGUUUCGAAUCCAACCAACAUGGUAACAUGGACUGAUGAAAAUUGCAUAAAUUUGACAAUGAACCCCACCACAUCCUUAUGGCUAAUGACGUUCAACAGUUCUAGAAAUUUGGUUCCAAUUCCCGUAUUUAUUUGCAUGUUGUUUGAUUUCGUGUUGAGUAGCAAGGAGUGUGGGCUACAACAUACUGCCGAACAUGUUGGAAUGCAUCAUGGUCGGUGUCACUCAGUGUUGGCAGUGUGACUGGAAAGCUUUGAGCCCUCAAUUGCAGCCGAUCCGUGACCUUGUCUUGAGGCGGCCAAUGCUGGAUCAGGCUGCCUUUUGCUUGCUUCGCUUAGUUUGGCAACGGGCGCCCUCCUUGCUGCUGGACGAUCGGCCAGCUGAUGUAACACCUCAGUGUGCCUACGCCUUGGCGUCGCUUUCGCAAGAGAUUCAUGAUGCCUUGGUGUCACACCGCUUGGCCUGUGCACACAAUGCUGAGCUUAUUCUAAUGACAGACCUCCGCCGAGUAGUUUUGGACUUUCUGGGCCAAGUGGGAAAUCGGCAAGCCCAGUCCGAGAAACCCCGUGCAGCGCCGGCCCCAGCAACGCCUCCGCGCAAGAAGAAGAGAGAGCUGGAAGAGAUGGAGUCUGAACCACGACCGAGCCGAUCAAAGAUCUCCCAUGAACCCAAUAUGGCAAAGGACACGGCUUCACCUGCCAGCAUCCCUAACACGCCUGAGCAAGGCUUCGAGCUCAAAGAGAGAACCUUGGAGGAAGCAACAGAGCAAGUGUGGAAAGUCAAGCCAGUCGAUGCAGUUGAUACAUUGGUGGAUAUGCUUGUGAAAGACUACGGUUCUUUGGAACUUGCAACAUCUCUUGCAGAUCGCGCUGAGAGAGCCAUUGACACGAUGGCGUGGGCCGUCUCCAAGUCCUUGACGCCGGAGGCUAGUGAAGCCAAGGAGGUGGUUGAGGCAAUGCAAGAGGUCGCUGACUUUAUGAAGUAUUUGCAGAUGCUCCUGGAGAUGGACUGCCAGUGCCAGUCGGCCGUUGCUUGGCAGAUGCCUCGCUUUGUGAAGCGCCUCACGGACAGCGGGCCAUGGGAAAGUUCCUGGAGGCAUGGCCUCUCUAAGGUGCUUGAAUUGGUGAUCCACCCGACCAUGGCCCAGCAUUCAGCCACGGCCCUUUGGGCACAGGUGGUUGGUGAUUGCUCCAGAAAGUCAUGCCCCAAGCGGAUGAUGGCGGUGGGAGCUUUGGCCAGGGAGCUAGACUUGAUUCUGGGAGACUCAGACCAGGACACAACCAAGUUGCAGGCCUGCAUGCAACAGCUCUGCAAAUCCGCCAAUGACUGCCUGAAACAUGCUGGAAGUGAUGACGAGGAAGCAAAGCCUUCAGGCAGUCAUGCCAGGUGUGAUAGCGAGAGCGAGGAGAUUCCAAGCGAGGACACCUUAUCGCCAUUGUCAGAAGAAGAUGAGGAUUUUGGCGAUUGGGAGGACACACGGCCAGAGUCAAAUACUCUUGGCUUUCUGAAAAUGGAUGGGCAGAAAUUCUAUUGCGCUUCCGACACGUGCCCCACAGAAUUUCAGCGUCACAUAUCGAACCUGAAGAACGAUUGGAAGGAACGCCUGCAGAAGCUGUUUGACACGCUGCCAGAUGAUGAGGCCUUGCCCACGGAUGCCGAAAAGAAGAUGGUCGCUGAAGAGGAUAUGCCGAAAGGAAGCUCAUGGAGGAGUUGAAGGGGAAGCUCCAAAUCUGGAGCUGAGCAACAACGACUGCUCACAAGUGAGUUGCCCAAGUGAGGUGGAAUCGAUAGGUCAAUGCAAGAUGAACCCAGCGCAAAGUGACAGACGAAG